AUGAGGAGACUUCUCAUCAAGAAGAAUCCAGUGUUCUUCCUAUUUCUCCUCAUCACUACUUCUUCUUUAACUAUUCUCAUCUUCUCUUUACUUCGAUUACCGGAUUCACCUCCGAUCAUCUUCACCGGGAAACUUAGAGCCGAUCUCUCCGACGAACUUGGAUUCUUCGGGAAUAUGAUUAUCGAAAUGCUCCCUGAAGAUCUGGUUUUCACUGCCUUUGUACCGUCAGAGAAAGCAUUCGAUCGAGAUCUGGGGAUGACGAAGCCGAACAACACAAGGAAAUCAAAAUCACUUGAAGACGAAGAAAACACAUACGCCGUCGUAUCGAGGAUCUUAGGUUUCGCUGUUGUUCCGUAUAGAGUGGAGGCGGGAGACGUAGGGAAAGACGAAACGGCGUCGUAUGAGUCGUUGAGUGGUUUCACAUUGAAGAUUUGGAGGAAGAGUGGUGGGCUUGUGGUGAAUGGCGUGGAGACGGAGAAGAUGGGGUUGAAGAGAGGGAAGAUAAUGGUUCAUAUCAUGGAUGGUGUGAUAAUGGAUUCUGAUUUCGCACAGUCAGUUGCUUCUACUGAUACUACUCCACAAGAUGAAGAAGAACCUAAGCCAUAGAGACGAGGAAGCAAGAAUAGAAACAAUCCUUUGUAAUUUGUUGCUAAAAUAGGAAAGCAUACACAAAUUGUUAAAACCUGUUAUGAUCUGAAAAAACUUGUAUUGACAAUAGACAGUGACGUUUUAAUCUUUGCAACCA